ACUCCAGCAGUCUAGUGAACUCAUUCACUUUCCUCUUUUCACCAUGAAAAAAUCUCUGUAAAAUCCUCCACUCCGACUCCAACUCCCCCACCAUCACCACCGCGACCAUCAUCGUUUGGGGUUAAUUCCUUUGUAAAGACUUGGAGAAAAUUCUCUUGCAAACUUGUCUUCUACCUUGCAAUUUCUACAUGACAUCCAUUGCUACUCCGUCAUUGUCUGAUCAGGAGGACGAUGAUAAGAUUUAUCAGGAGGAUGAUGAGAUUUCUGUCGAAGAGGAGGAUGAUGUUGAUGACAUGUUUGAUGAAUAUCAGGAUGGUAUAGAGAUGUUUGUUGAAGGUCCUCCACCAAAGAAAGUCGCACCAGCAGAAGAAAAGCGUUAUGUUGGUCUCAAGAAUCAGGGAGCAACAUGUUAUAUGAACUCUCUUCUCCAGACUCUAUAUCAUAUUCCUUAUUUCAGGAAGGCCGUGUACAAAAUGCCAACAACUGGGAAUGAGUUGGUAGCAGGAGAAAGCAUCCCUUUGGCUCUACAGAGUUUGUUUUAUAAGCUUCAGUACGGUAAAAAUAGCGUCGCCACAAAUGAGCUCACAAAAUCUUUCGGAUGGAAUACACAUUAUUCUUUCAUGCAAAGUGAUGUGCAGGAAUUUAAUAGGGUUCUGUGUGAAAAGCUUGAAGAUGAAAUGAAGGGAACUGUUGUGGAGGGUACGAUACAAGAGUUGUUCGAAGGUCACCAAAUGAGCUACAUUGAAUGCAUCGAUGUUGACUACAAAUCUACCAGAAAGGAGUCAUUUUAUGACCUUCAACUUGAUGUAAAAGGCUGUAGGGAUGUUUAUGCUUCUUUCGACAAGUAUGUGGAAGUGGAGCGUCUUGAAGGUGAUAACAAGUAUCAAACUGAUGAACGACAUGGUUUACAGGAUGCAAAGAAGGGUGUCCUUUUCACUGACUUCCCACCUGUUCUCCAGCUCCAGCUAAAACGGUAUGAAUACGAUUUCGUGCAGGACACUAUGGUAAAGAUAAAUGAUCUGUAUGAAUUUCCGUUGCAACUUGAUCUUGACAGGGAAGAUGGAAAAUACUUGUCUCUAGAUGCUGAUAGAAGUGUUCGCAAUCUUUACACACUUCAUAGUGUUUUGGUUCACAGUGGUGUGGGAAACGGUGGGCACUACUAUGCUUAUACAAGGCCAACACUGUCAGAGCAAUGGUUUAAAUUCACUGAUGAGCGGGUAACAAGAGAAUCUAUCAGGUGGGCAGUAGAGGAGCUAUACGGUGGGGAGGCAAGCAAUCCAAAUGCAUAUAUGCUCGUGUAUAUACGUGAAAGUGACAGAGAUGAAAUUAUGUGUAACGUGGAUGAGAUGGAUGUUGCUAAGCACCUGAGGGUUAGGUUUAGGAAAGAACAAAAAGAAAAGGAGGCUGAGGAACUUAAGAAGAUGGAAGAAGCAGAGGCUGCUCGAAUCAAGCACCUUACUGAACAGUUCAGGAGAGAUAUCGAUUUUGAUCUUGCUGAUCGCAACAGUGAUCAGAUUGUGCAUUUCCGAUCUUUGGAGAAGCCAAAUGAAGAUGAUUUUACCUUAGAGUUGUCAAUGGUAUUAACAUAUGAUGAAGUCACGGAAAGAGUUGCUCGCGAUCUUGGUUUGGAUGAUCCAACCAAGAUCAGACUUACCUCUCUUGACUGUGAUUUUCUACGACCUAUGCCCCAAGCUAUUAGGUACCGAGGUGUUGGUCACUUGUCUGAGAUGUUUACUCGCUACAACCGGUCAGCUAAAGUUUUGUAUUACGAAGUUUUGGACAUCCCUUUACCUGUGUUGCAAUGUCUGAAAUGUCUAAAGGUGGUAUUCUGUCAUGCAACAAAAGACGAUAAGGUGGUUUAUUGUAUUAGACUUCCAAAACAAAGUACAGUUGGUGACUUGAUUAAUGAUCUGAAGACAAAGGUAGUAGAGCUGUCUCAUCCCGGUGCAGAACUUAGAUUGCUGGAAGUUUUCAUGCACAGGAUUCAUAUGAUUUUUCCGCUUAGUGAGGAGAUUGAGAAAAUUAAUGAUCAAGACGGGGGUUUCUUGACUCUACGGGCAGAGGAGAUCCUUGAGGAGGAGAAGAACUUGGGUCCUCAGGAUCGCUUGCUUCCUGUUUCUCACUUCUCAAAAGAAGAAGCAUAUUCAAGACGUAGAUAUUUUGGGGAACCAUUUUUCUUGGUCAUCCAUGAAGGGGAGACUUUAGAUGCAGUCAAAUUGCGCAUACAGAAGAAAUUGCAGGUUCCUGAUGAGGAGUUCGCUAAGUUGAAGUUCGGAAUUUGGUCACUCGUAGAUCAAUUCGAGUAUCUUCGGGACUCGGAUAUAGUGUCCAGCCAUUUAUAUAGAAUAGACUGUGGACCUGGGGCGCUGUACCUUGGCUUGGAUCAUUCUGAUUGUUCCCCAAAAACCACAUAGAAUCUGGUAGCUGAUUUGGGCUUUAAAAAAAUAAAAAAAUAAAAUGAAACGUCGC